AUGGUUGGAAGCGCAACGAUGUCGUUUGAGGGAUCUGUGCUUUACGGAAAAUCGACGGAGCAUCUGACCACAGCGGAUGGGGAAUCAUUUGAUCCGGCGGCGGUGGUGGCGGAGCCGGUGCCGCAGGUUGUCCAAUCGAACGGUGAGGUUGGGGAGAAGGUGCGGCAGAUAGUUCUGGGGAGGAAUGUGCACACCAUGUCCCUGGAGGUGACAGAGCCGGAAGCAGACGACGACUCCACCGGCGAUAAGGACGCGUACAUGGCCAGUGUGCUGGCGAGGUACCGCAAGACGCUCAUGGAACGUACCAAGAACCAUUUAGGAUAUCCGUACAAUUUGGAUUUUGAUUAUGGUGCACUUGCCCAAUUGCAGCAUUUCUCAAUUAACAACCUUGGAGAUCCUUUCAUUGAAAGCAAUUAUGGUGUGCACUCGAGACAAUUUGAAGUGGGUGUACUGGAUUGGUUUGCCCGCCUAUGGGAAAUUGAAAAGAAUGAUUACUGGGGAUACAUAACAAACUGUGGAACUGAGGGAAACCUUCAUGGCAUUCUUGUUGGGAGAGAGGUGUUUCCCGAUGGUAUUUUAUAUGCUUCAAAGGAGUCCCAUUACUCUGUAUUCAAAGCUGCAAGAAUGUACAGAAUGGACUGUGUAAAAGUUGCAACUUUGAUCACUGGAGAGAUUGACUGCACGGAUUUUAAAAACGCGCUUCUUUCUAAUAAGGAUAAACCAGCUAUCAUCAAUGUCAACAUCGGAACUACUGUGAAAGGGGCGGUUGAUGAUCUCGAUCUUGUUAUUCAGACACUAGAGGAAUGUGGAUUUUCCCACGAUAGGUUCUACAUCCAUUGUGAUGGUGCCCUUUUUGGGCUCAUGAUGCCUUUUGUAAAAAAGGCCCCGAAAGUCACGUUCAGGAAACCCAUCGGCAGCGUCAGCGUGUCGGGCCACAAGUUUGUAGGCUGCCCCAUGCCUUGUGGGGUCCAGCUCACCCGGCUCAAACACAUCAACUCCCUCUCGAGCAACGUAGAAUACCUCGCCUCCCGGGACGCCACAAUCAUGGGCAGCCGAAACGGGCACGCCCCAAUCUUCCUCUGGUACACCCUCAACCGCAAGGGCUACAAAGGCUUUCAGAAGGAAGUCCAGAAAUGCCUUCGAAACGCACAUUAUCUCAAAGACCAUCUCAUUCAGGCAGGCAUUAGUGCCAUGCUCAACGAGCUCAGCAGCACAGUCGUUUUCGAGAGGCCUUGUGAUGAGGAGUUUGUGCGGCGUUGGCAGCUGGCGUGCGAGGGGAACAUGGCCCACGUGGUUGUGAUGCCGAGCGUGACAGUCGAGAAAUUGGAUCGUUUUCUGAGUGAGUUGAUCGAGGGGAGAUUGGCUUGGUAUAGUGAUGGGAGUGCUCGGCCGCCUUGCCUGGCGGUUGAUAUUGGGAGUGAGAACUGUUGUUGUGAUGCUCACAAGUGA